AUGGCAAAAGCUGAGAAGACCACUGAAGAGGACUUGCAGGCAAAUGUUUGGAAGUUGAUUUGGUACAAUGGCAUCUUUUCCGUCUUUUCUUCGAUCGCCCAACUGGGCCUCUUCGACACCUAUUUGUUCAUCAUGGCGGGGAACUCCAACACCGCCGUGGGCUGGGCCGAGUCCAUCUCCGGUCUUUCUCAGAUCGUUCUGGCCGGGCCGGCGGGCGUGUUGACAGACACAGUGUCAAGAAGUAAAAUCUUGCGAUGGUGCGCCUACCUGUCGGUGUUGGCUGUGGGCGCUUCCAUUGCAGGAAUCGGCUUUGACAAUUUCCCAAUUAUCUAUGUGUCCUUGUUCAUUUUCGGAGCAUACACAGCACUGCAGAACACAGCCAGCUUCGCCUUGUAUUCUGAUUCGAUCCCUCAGGGCUCUCGAGCCAAGUGGCUCUCACGUGUGAGCAUUGUGAAUCAGCUAGGCUAUGGUGCUGGGCCCUUCUUUAGCCUCUUUUUGUUUGGCUACUUCGGGAAUCAAUGGAAGCUCUCAGUGCUUCACGUUGUAUUGAUCAUCGGCUUUUUGGGCAUGAUCCCAGCGAACCUCUUCUUGGUGAACUUGAAAGAUGCUCAACAUGAAGAUGGUGGAGCAGAAGCAUCGGGAGCCUUCAGCAAUCUGAAGUAUGCAAGGGUCGUCCCCUGGCUGAUUUGUAGCUUGGAUGUGGUGACCGCCAUUGGAGCUGGCAUGACGGUGAAGUUCUUCCCUCUUUUCUUCAAGCAGGACUAUGGGCUCAAUCCUGGACAGAUCCAGUUGCUCUUUGCCGUCUACGGCCUCUCCUUUGGUUUCUUCACUUGGCUCUGUGAAAAAGCGGCCGCCAAGUUGGGUCGAGUGCAGGCAGGUGUCCUUUUUGCGACGGCGGGGGUGGUUUGCCUCUUCUUGUUGGCCUACCUCAGAUGGCUCCCCAGCGUCUUGGUGGUCUUUGUGAUUCGUGGGGCCUUCGCGAAUGCCAUCUAUCCAAUUGACCGAUCCAUCUUGAUGGACUUCGUCCCGUCCAACGAGCGCGGUCGGUGGAAUGCUGCUGAGAGCGUCAGCAGCAUGUCGUGGUCGGGGUCAGCAGUGAUUGGAGGUUACUUGAUGGAUGCCUAUGACUACCGACAGACCUUUGUCACACCGCGUGCAUCUAUGCGGUGGCUGCCAUCAUGA